CGCGAGACUUGAACAGUGCAAAGUUUUCCCACUGUUCUCCAGUCACAACAAACGGCCGCUCGAUAACUUGGAUUCAAACUCUUAUUUCUGCCGACGUGGACGAAGAUGACGGACAGAAGCAACAUCCAGAAACUUCUAGAAAGAAAUAAUGCUGCUAGUUCGACAGGAUUCAAGAUCCAAAGGCGUCGACGAAGAUGACGGACAGCAGAGACUUCCAGAGACAAAGAACGCUGCUCGUCGGACGACAUGAGAAAGGUCUGACAGAUUCUGAUCUAUUAAAGAGUAACUUUCUGGGUUUCACCUCCAACAUCAGAGACCUGCUCCGAUCCAAAGAGCCUCAGAUCGCCCUGAAUCUCAGGGCGAUGGAUGGCGGUAAUGAAGCCGGGGAGGUGAUGGUGUCCCGUCUGCAGAUGGAGGAAGAAACUCCUCCAGACCACAAGUGUCUAGCGCUGUGUGACAGUCUUCACACCUCCAUCCACGACAAAGAAAACAGUCCAAUGAUGAGAGCAGUGUUGUGUUCCCAGGUGUGUAAGGUGUACAGGUUUCAGACGGCGGAUCAGAGAUGGCUGCUGGUGCGGGAACAGAUGUCCGAGACGCCGCUGUCUUUCUCGAUACCCAAACAGCUGCUAAGCGUGCUCAUACACAGCCAUACAAGCAGGGUGCAGGAGGUGAUGGAGCUUGGUGAACUUCCACCCCAAUUGGACAGGAUCCGCCAUGAUAUCAUCAGCCACUGCAACCACCUGAUUGGCUGUUACCAGGAAACAUUCGCUGACCUCGACCUACUCUCAGAGUCGUCCAGUUUUAAGUCGAGCUGCAGUAAAUCAGACCGACAGCUUCAGUUUGUUCCCACCAACCUCCACGCUCAGAGGAUGGAGGUCACCGAGCCCGACAGCACAGGAGGUGUGUGGUAUGAGGUGAUCACCUUCGGGGCUCCAGCUGACCAUCACAAGGGCUUCAAACAUGGAGGACUAAAGAGGCUGCUCAGCAAACACACUCACCUCAGAGACAGCCUUGUGUCUUACUCCCAGGAGGAGAGCUCCAGAGCCAGGCAGCUGCUGGCCAGCAUCGCCCAGCUGCAGCCUCUCGUGUUUGGACUCGCCGAGGAACUGCUCUCCGUCUCUCUGGAGCAGAGCACCGCCCGACUGCAGCCGGUGCUCGACAGCCUCACACAGCAGACGAAGCAAUUUGUCCACGCUUUAAAAGACGAGCUGGUGAGAAGCGCCCUGAUAGCUAGCCACGAUCAUUGCAACCUAAUUGAAAACGCACAUGCUAAUCAGGAGGGGGCGUUGACGCCAGGGCAACAGGACUUCUGGCGACAGGAGGCCGAUUACAACGAGGAGGAAUGGGACAGGGCGUGGGCGAACGUCGGCAUGAGCCUGAACUGCAUCAUCGCCAUGGGCGACCGGCUGCUGGGGAAAGAGGAAGAGACAUCAUCAGAGAACCAGGAAGUCAGCGGUGACGAAAACUUCCAAAACACCGCCUCCUGGCAGGAGCAGCUGCUCCCCCUGGUGGUGACUCUGAGGGACUGCGUGCGGGAGGCGGUGCUAAAGGCUCGCGUGGCCAUGACCUUCGUGCUGCUGCAGGCGGCAGCGGCCGGGACGGUCUCUGAGGGAACGACGCACCUUGUGCAGCGACGCCAAGCGGUGUUCAGCCAGGCGCUGUCGGCGUUGGUGUGUGGUUUUGUGUUGCGGUUGUUCGCCUCUCUGCAGGAUCAGGACUUCCUGCAGCAGAUGAUCUCUGCCGGACUCCUGGUGCAGUUUGAGGCCCUGCUCAGCACCUACGGUGAGGAGGUAGGGAUGCUGGAGGACAUGGAGGUGAGUGUGUCUGAUCUGAGCCGAGUGAUGUUCACUAUCAUCGAAGCCAAAAGUGAAGAACCAGAAGAACUGCUGCCAACCCUGAGAGGAGAAUGGGGCAGUCUGGUCGUCGAGGUGCUGUUGCCUCCAGAGAUGUUCCGGUCGUUGCCGCAGGAUGUGAGAGACGGACGUUUGAUCCGAGUUCAUCCGGUCCUCUUCAACAUCGGGAUCAACCAGCAGCAGAGUCUGGCUGAGAGAGUUAUUGGUGUUUGUGGUUUGAGGUUUGGGGACAGCUCUCUACAGGAGAGAGUGAACCAGCAGAGCUGCGAGCGUCUGAGGGCUUACUGCAACACGCUGAGAGACACGCCAGUGACGGCUGGUGUGCAGUCUCUGUCGAACCUGUUGUCGUCCCUGGAUCGCAGCGUGGAAGCAAAGAAGAGGAAGAACGUGGAGGUUCUUUGGAUCGCUGCCGCAGUGUGUCGUGCGGUGCGCGGUGUGCGUCUCACGAGCUGUAAGAGUGCGAAGGACCGCACGGCGAUGUCUGUGACUCUGGAGCAGUGUGUGUUACUGAGAGAGAAACACACACUCUGCAACACACACUUCAGCACCGCACUGCACUGCAUGAGGAGGGACGGCUGCAGGAUGGAGAACGUGCAGAAGAACGUGGGCAGCAGGAAGUUCGCCUUCAGCGGUGUUCAGCUGCUCACCUUCCCCAAACUGUACCGCCCUCCGGAGGGCAGCUUCGGAUAGAAACUCACUGACUGUUACCUCAAUACUGUACAGAUAUUUCUAUAUAUGAUCAGAUGUUUGUUUUAUUAUGUAAAGUGUGUGUUGUUUUAUAUAGUUGUAUUUUAAUGUUGCUGUGCUGGUAUCUGCAGGUGUUUGAUCCACAAACAUGUUUCUGCAUUAAAUGAACAUUUGAUUUA